AUGGAGGUUGGAGGACAAAGACGUGGAAUACAGCCCUGGUGGUUAGCCUUCUGUUUUCCUGUGAUGUUCGGCUGCGUGGAGCAGGUUUCAGCGCAGAUAAAAUAUUCAGUUCCAGAGGAAGUAAAAGUGGGAUCUGUUGUUGGAAAUGUCGCUAAGGAUCUGGGAUUGGACAUCAGUUCGCUCGAGGAAAGGCGGUUUCGUAUCGUUUCAGGAACGGAAGAAGCACAGUUUGCAGUAAAUCAGAACAAUGGUAUCUUGUUUGUGCAUCAGAAAAUCGAUCGAGAGGAGCUCUGUAAAACCGUGUCUCCAUGUUUGAUGAACUUAAAAAUGGUCGCUGAGAACCCCAUGGAAAUACAUUAUGUGGGGGUUGAAAUCACAGAUGUAAAUGAUAAUUCACCGAAUUUUAAAGACGAAGAGAAGAUUUUAGAGAUUUCCGAGUCCACCGUUCCUGGCAAACGUUUCCAGUUACCAACUGCGCACGAUCCAGAUGUUGGUAUCAACACUGUACGUGUGUAUACAUUAAAUCAAAACGAAUAUUUCAGUAUACAAAUUCGAGAGAGAGGAGAGGAUAAAAUAACAUUCCUGGUUCUGCAAAAGGCUCUAGAUCGGGAAAAGCACCGUGAGCACAAAUUGAUUUUGACAGCAGCUGAUGGUGGUAAUCCACCGAGAUCAGGGGCACUUAAUGUUACAGUCACUGUUCUCGAUUCUAAUGAUAACCACCCUACAUUUAGUCAAGAAGUAUAUUCAGUUACAGUACCUGAAAAUGUAGACGCAGAUACAAGUGUAAUUAAAGUAAAGGCAACUGAUGAGGAUGAGGGUGCAAAUGGGGAUAUUGAAUAUUCUUUCGGUAGUCAACUUGACCAGAAGAUAUAUGAUAUGUUUAGCUUAGAUAAAAACACUGGAGAAAUUCAAGUUAAGGGAGAAAUUGACUUUGAGAAAGUUGACGUUUUUAAGUUGGAUGUCCAUGCCACUGACAAAGGACAACCUCCAAUGAGUACUGACUGCAGGGUGUUAAUCAAAGUGCUCGACAAAAACGACAACGAACCUCAAAUAGAGGUGACAUCCCUGUCAAACAUGGUAUCUGAAGACUCAAAACCAGGAACUGUCGUUUAUUUUAUAAGUAUUAUAGACCAAGAUUCCGGAUUAAACGGCAAAGUGAUAUGUAGUCUUUCAGAUAAUGUGCCAUUUGAUUUAAAACCAUCAUAUCAAGACAAUAUGUACUCGUUAGUGUUGAAACAGCAUUUGGAUCGAGAAUCAGUCUCGCAUUACGAAAUAACAAUAACAGCUACAGAUUGUGGUCAGCCUCCUCUUUCUACAUUCAAAACUGUGAAUAUUGAUGUAUCUGACGUGAAUGAUAAUAACCCAGAAUUUUUACAAAAUCCAAUUGAAAUGUACCUGUUGGAAAAUAACGUUCCUGGAAACGAAAUAUUUUCUGUAAGUGCUUUGGAUAAAGACUUCAAUGAAAAUGCAGCUUUAACUUAUCAUAUAAUCAGAGAAGAAAGUAAUCAAGGUAAAGCUGCAACAUUUCUAAAUAUAAAUACAGAUAACGGACACAUUUCGGCGCUAAAAAGCUUUGACUUUGAGAGUCUGAAAAAGUUCCAAUUCCAAGUUGUUGCCACAGAUUCUGGAACUCCGUCACUAAGCAGCAACGUCACAGUGCACGUGUUCAUUUUGGAUCAGAACGACAACCCUCCAGUCAUCCUGUAUCCGGUCAGCUCUAACGGUUCUGCUGAAGGUGUGGAGGAGAUUCCCCGCAAUGUGAACGCAGGACACUUGGUGACUAAAGUCAGAGCCUAUGACGCUGAUAUAGGAUAUAACGGCUGGUUACUGUUCUCACUGCAGGAAGUUACUGCCCACAGUCUCUUUGGUUUGGACCGCUAUACAGGACAGAUCAGAACACUUCGCUCAUUCACAGAGACAGACGAGGCUGAGCAUAAACUGCUCAUACUGGUGAAAGACAAUGGCAACGUGUCGCUGUCAGCAACAGCUACUGUGGUUGUCAAACUUGUGGAGCCCAGAGAGGCUUUUGCUGCUGCUGAUGUUAAAAGUGCAACAAAGGAUGAUGAGGAUAAUAAUGUGACUUUUUACCUGAUGAUAACUUUGGGCUCAGUCUCAACACUUUUUCUCAUCAGUAUCAUUGUGCUGAUUGCAAUGCAGUGCUCUAAAUCCACAGACUAUACUUCUAAAUAUCUACAAGAGACUAACUAUGAUGGGACACUGUGUCACAGCAUCCAGUACAGAUCUGGAGACAAGCGGUACAUGUUAGUUGGACCCAGAAUGAGUAUAGGAUCUACUAUAGUCCCAGGCAGCCAUGCCAACACACUAGUGCUUCCUGACAGAAGGGGGACAUCUACAGAGGUAAAUUGUGGCCAAGGUAAUGGCUGUGAAGCUCAUUCUGCACAGGCCCUGCCCAUCUCUGGAUCCUCUCUUAUCGAGGUGGUAUGCAGACGGAAUACAUAUCGUGGUAUCUAA